AUGGACGGGCAGGACGGCUGGUAUACGCUUCAGCAGUCCAGAGGUCUGCCUUACAGUGAUCGGCCCCAGCAACAGCAUCAGCAUCAGCAGAAGUUCGUUCAUAACCAUGUUGGGCAACAGACACAACCUGAACAUCAGUAUAUGCAGCAUGCGUCCACUUUCUACCAUAGUGGUCAUCCUAUGGACGUGGCUGCAAUGGCAUACCAGGGCAUGUCCAAUGGCAAUCACUCUGCUCGCCACCAAUAUGUUGCAGGCCCAAGUGAUGGGGCUCUGCCUUUGCAGGCGUGCGGCAUUUAUGCGCAGUCUACAAACGACCACGUGAUGCUAUCGUCUCCACCAUCAAAUACCAACUCGGCCGUUAUUCCGAGACAAGACAACGUAGGCCAACAGGCACACAGCUCGCCGCACCAGCACCAGCACCAGCAAUUCCAUGGAGGUCACAAGCCCUCGUCUGAAGAUUCACAUUGGCAACGGCAAUCAUUGGAUUUCUCAAACAUGGCGACCCCCGUCCAACAACGCUUCUACACAACUGCUGGGCCCUCACAUCAGCAGCAUCAGCGUGCGUUUGUACAGCCUCCCUCAUCUCCGUCGAGCCACUCAACUUCUCGACAUCAGUUGCAGCAGCCUCAUCCUGCCGCAAUUCAACCUGCAUACGAAUCGCCUUAUGCGCCUUCCACUGGUACCAGGGAACGUCUGGCCAUGUCGCAAUCACCCAUGUCGGAUGUGUUGCAAAGCGUUGGACCGGCCAUGGGCAGAACAUUCAACAUGAUGGCCGGCCUAGAGACGCCCACUCGCAAUCCGCCAUUACACCGCACAUCUGCUCAGGCUUACCCUGAAAGUCAAUCCACCGCUUUCUCUGUUGGUGGAUUGCAAAACACGCAUGCAGCCGAAUCGCCUUUGCCAGGUCAUUGGAGCUCUGUUACGAUCAGCAACGGACAACAACACGCGCCGUGGCCAGCUGCCGAAAGUAGUCUGGCUGCUUGGAAUAACACUAACCCGCAUCCAAGCCCAGUCCAGUCUCGAGCUGUGCCGCCUCUCCAUCGCCAUCCUGCCCUUGACAGGUGA